CUGCGAGAUCGGAUUUCACACCAGCACUAAUGGUUGCGAGCGGAAACAAGAGAGCGUGUUUAUUCUGUGAUGAUGUACCGAUAAUCUUUUGUUGUAAGUUUUUGCAAUAUCAUAAUCUGUAAAUUUCCUCCCUGACGGACACGAGACGGAGAACUCUGAUCUACGUCAUCUUCCCGUUUGUCAUCCGUACUCCUACUGCUUUGUGAUUGGCUGCACGUCUAUAAAACUAUAUGCCGCCGUCGGUGAAGUCCACUUUGAAUUUGAACUCAGUCCAGUAUCAUGAUGAAUGUUGCAAGCAGCAGCAUGUUGAGAAUAUUUGUGAUUGCCCUUUGGACUUUAACAAUCGUGUUCAAACAAACACACGGACUGUCUGCGCUGGAAACCAUGGUAGCGGAGGAAGCUAAGGACGAUUAUUUGAGGGAUGUCGAUGCGGACGAUUCGGUGCUACAUCAGAGAACGCGAGAGGAAGAUUUGAGGAAGCUCAUCUUAAAGAAAUUGCGGUUUCGAGAUCUACAGAGCGAUUCUUCAUCAGAUGUGCUUAGUGAUUUAGUGAAGAGAGUCCCCGAUGCCUACCGUUUUGGAGACUCAUUGGUGGACAAAGUGGCAGCUUUACUACGAUUUAAAAUGCGCCCCACCAAGAGCCCCCAAGUCAGAAUGCCAAGCCUUCGCUUUGGCUGAAGAAUCCGACGUGAGAACUGUGCUAGAACUGUGGAAACGAGAUUUCCAUUAAUGUGUUGCACAAUUUUUAUACGAUCAAUGUGGCAUUCAUUUGUACGUAUAACAGCAUCGCUUGAAGUUGCCGACUAAGGUAUUACGCCAACAAUGACAUCUCAUGUAGAAUUCUUGAAAUAUUUCAUAUAAAAAUUGAAUACCAGACUUUA